AGAUACGGAAACCGUCCGCAUAGGCCUGUGACACCCGAUUCGAGUUGCGAUUCAGUGUCUAGGAAGGUUGACUUAUAGAUGCAAAGCGAUUUUGGCGAAUGUCAAACCAUGUAAAAAGUAGCUGUAACGCGGGAGCUUAUGUUAUGCGAGAUCCGUGAUGUAAAUGUGGUGUGUGUGUGGAUACGUGAGCGUUGCUAGUGAUGUACGGGGCCACUGACGUCGCCAGCGUUCCACUCGUCCCUCCGUCCCUAGUGCCAAAUGUUUUGCAAUGUGAAAGUAUGGAAUUGUGCCACGCGUGACCUUUUCCAAAGAUUUCAAUUGAUUGAGCGGUAUAGCAUUUAGCUUUGUCUUAAUAGGAAUGAGUAUUUUUCAUCUUUUGCCCACUCGAGGGCGUGGAAAUAGUUGGAAACAGCAUGGAAUAAACCUACGGGCGCGUCAUGCCCUUCUACUUAUGGAGUGAGGAAAUUGAUGCACUUUUUACUUAUAUUCUAUCGUAUAGUUACAGGUCGUCGACAUGCAGACUGUUAAUGAAAUUAUUUCCAUUCUGGAGAAAUUUAAUAUCACAAAAGAGCUGUUGGAGACCACCAGACUCGGUAAGCAUGUGAACGAGCUCCGUCGUAAGACAAGCGAGCCGACACUGGCUCGCCGCGCCAAGGUGCUGGUAAAGCGCUGGCGGGAUCUCGUCAUACCUAGCACACACUCACCCGCACAUACUGGCUCAAAUCGUUCGUCUGCUGAGCGUCAAGUUAGGAGGCUCGGUGGAACUCCACUCACAUCACCGGCACUCUCCAGGAACCUGGUGAGUCCAGCUGUUCCAAGUCCAAGACCACCUUCUAGACCAGCAUGGGGUGGCUACGAGUCGGACUCGCAGGACGUGAUCCUGGUGGACGACGACCCCCCUCCCCCUGUGACCCCCUCCCUAGCACCCCUCCCACCACACAAACCGGCAACACCUCCUGUAAAAAGGGCGCUGUCACCCGAACCUCUAUACGAUGAAAAGAAGGCGAAAAGAGAUAAAAAACCUAAGAAAAGAAGGGGUCAUGGUAGAGCGGGCUCGGGGACCGAGACGACAGCGGAGCCCCAGAGUCAACACAACUGGGUGUCCAGGAACGGGACAGGACCUGAACGGAGACGGAAUGGAUGGAAACGAGACCCACCAGACCCUUACGCUGCGCUCGUUAAUAGACUGCCUCCCGCCGGGGCUAAGAAGGUGAAGACGACCAAGGAACUGCUGGAACAGAUCCAGUCCCGCGGCAGCAGUCGACCUUCCCGCCCGGCCUCCCCGCGCUCCCCGCACUCCCCGGCCUCCCCUGCCUCCCCCGACGUCAUGCUCAUCGAGCCUGACGUGUGCCCUAUCAAAGUCGAGUCCCCGCUCCGGAACGGCGGCGGAGAUUCCGCGAAGACGAAAAUGGAUCCCAAGCCGGAGGAGCGUGAGGAGGUCCCGCCGCUAGAGGAGCCGCGCGCCUGGGCGGAGUGCACGUGCGGCGAGGAGGAGGCGUCAGCGGACUGUCCCGCCGCUGGGCGCCCGGCGCUCCGGCCGCUCCACGUCCGGGCGCUGCACAACGUGCUGCUUCCGGGGAUGAACGGCACGCGAGCCCCGCUCUUCCCUCACCGGUUCGCCGUCCGCCCUCCCGCGCGCGACGACGACCCCACGCUGUUCUCCAGCGUGGUGCCCCUCUAUAACUACUCAGACUACGCGGACGACCACUGUGUCAAAAACAUGUCCCGAGUGCCGAUCUGUGAGCGCCUGCCGUGGACGGAAUUCGCGCCCUCGCCGCCGCCUCCGUCUCCGCCGCCUUCGCCGCCGCCACUGCGACCCUACCCUUCGCCGCUCCGCGAAGAAGUCUUCCCCGACUUGCCGGAACCCGACGAUGAUUCCGCGGACUCCUCCACCACGCCCAACGUGAUCGAAGCUACGAGCGAGGACGAGCCCAGAGAGAAGCCGGUCAUCGAGCCAGCUAUGGUCGGCCUCGCCUACAUGGAGCCCGGGGAAAGGUUGAAGGCGCCGCUGCUGGACGACGACGACGACUACCAGCUCGGGGAACCGCGCCGGGAGGUGACGGUCGAGAAGAGCUUCGUCAGUGAACCCCAGGAACAUCGCACGGUCGAGAGGACGAAAGAGGACAUAGACGGCCGGACGUUGUACGGCCUGUGCGAGGCGGCCCUGGCCAGCGUGCCCUACCGGUACUCGCAGGCGGCGGCGGCGCCGGUGUUGACGCUGCCGCAGCUCAUCGAGAGGGAGAACGAACCUCCCGAUCACGUGGCGGAGGACGAAGCUGCCAAGCUGCUGGAGGGCGCGCUGGAGACCGCCGCCGCCGACCCGGCCCUCGACGAGCUGGGCCGACCUCAGCGACCUCUGUCGUUCGCGGAGUGGCACGAGUGCGCCCGCCUCGGGGACCUGGUGGCCCUGCCGUACGUCGUCAUCGACUGACGAGCCGCGACCCUCGCCCGACCAGCCGCUCCGUCGCACCGUGUUCCAAGUGUCCUUACCUUAGUUUUAAGAGACGGUUAUCGUAUAAGUGUCGUGAGUGUGAGCGCUCUCAGCAGACCGGUCGGCGGUGGGGGUGGGGGUGGCGGUGGGGGCGGAGGGAACUCUCGACGAGUUGUGAUAUUAGUGUUACAGUGGCGCGACGGCGGUCUCGACUCUGAACUGUUUCAUACUGAGUUAUCUUGUUACCGAUUGUGAUUUAUAAAAAGAAAUUAGGUAAUUAAUAAUAAUAGGAGUUCCAAUUGUAUAUUAUACAUAUAUAUUGCUAUAUCGAGUCAAAUAUCAGUUAACGAUUUUUAACUUUGAGAUGUCCAAGUCGACCAAGCAUCUCGGAAGCGGAAAUGGUACGUUGAACAGUUUGAUAGUAUAUUUUGAUGAAAUUGGAGGUGAUUUUAAUUCAGAAGUAGGAUCUGAAGGCCCCUGCGACCCGCGUCGGUGUUGUUUAAAGUGUUUUGUUUCGUAACGUUCGGUGUAUGUGUCGUGAGGCAGGGGUCGUUGCACCCGGUUUAGUGGUUCUAAUCGCCCAUGUGCCACAGUGUUGUGCCAGAAUCGGUAUAAACGUGUUUUUUAAUAUAUAAACAUAGAUUUUAUGAAGGCUUAGUGUGUUUUUCAUUUUGUAAUCAGCCUUUCGACGGUCCCGUUUUUGUAAUCGUACUAUACAAAUCUUUGUAACGUUGAGUUUUUUUGUGUCGGUUUAUAUUUUAUAAGAAUACAAUAACCUAGUACACUAUGAUAACUUAUUGUUGGCGUCUGCGAGCCGUACGCUGUGUGUUGGAAUCGUGAAGUUUGCUUGUUAUAUUAAUUUUUGUAUUAAGUUUUCACAGCAUGAGCUCAAUUGUACAUAUUGUUGUUAGAGUUUUAAACUCGAUAAGUUAUAGAUCGAAUGUUAUCCAACGUUCAAACCGAUGCCACAGCCAGUUCGGGAUAAUGUUUGUAAAGAAAUUAUAUACAUUAUAUAACUAUUGAAUUCAAACCAAAGGCUUUACUUAAGGACCAAUAGUUUUGCUUUAAAAAUUCACUAUUAAUAAAAAUAAAAAAAAUAUUGUAAAAUAUGAAAAAACAGAUCCAAUACAGAAUUCGUAACAUGUAAUGUUUUUAUUGCACAAUUCGUUCGUCUUGAAUGUUUUUUUUUUUGUUCUGGCAACACUGUCAGCUGUCACCGAAUGAUCACCAAACCGUUCGCUUCACUGUGGUUAACUGUCAGUUAACAGCCAAAGUACGGCCAAAUUAUCAGCGGUGUGCUGUAUGCAAUAUACCUUUCGCUUGAUUUUUGUAUAAAUGAUAAAUGAAUCUUCCUGCACAUAUCUGUUUAUUAAAAAAAAAAAUGUAUAUUUAUUUAUUGUUAUUUUUAUGUUUAUUGUUCCAAUUGAAAUCUAAGACCAAAUUUAGUAAAAUAUUAGCAUUUUGUACAUAACUGUAAUUAGUCCUAUGUAAGUCUAUUAUUUUCGUUAGAAUUCGUUUCAAUAUAUUAUAUAUAAACGUUAGGAUAAUAAACGCGGGACGUUAGCCUUUAUAAGAAUUUAAUAGGACAUGAGAUUGCUAUAAAGAUUUGUACACACCGAGCUCUCUGUAGCGUUCAGUUAUUUUUAUAUUCCAUAUUACUAGUUAUUAUCGACAGAUCCACUAAACUGGGACGGACACUGAAGGCCUUACAUUUAAAGCGCGGGUAAUUCCGGGCGUGAAGCUUGUUUAGCGGGCUGUAUAACCCGGAGACUGCCUUGUUGGACUUGAUCCAAAAUUUUGGUAAAAUAUAAAAGCAAAAUAUAUGUGUUUUUAUUACGAUAA